CCAGCCAUGAAUUUGAAAAUUGUGCUUUUGACAGCCCUUCUUGGGAUCUCCUUCGCAAGCUUGAGAGCAGAUUUUGACGGAUUUUUAUCCAAGUUCGGGGAGCACUACGACAACAAAGAAGUGAGAGUGCGAUACAAACUGUACAAAGAAAGUAGGGACGAGGUGGAUAGCCACAACAGCAACCCUGACAAAAAAUGGGACAUGGCAAUCAACCAGUUCUCAGCGAUGACGAGCGAAGAACGCAACCAGUACCUUGGCCUACGAAAUGAGUCAGAGUCGUUGGAUACGGAAGCGCUACAAUUUGAGCCAGAGAAUCUUCUAGGUAAUCCUGCAUCAAUCGAUAAUGUAGCUCUGGGAUUCGUUACUCGCCCAAAAAAUCAAAGAACUUGCGGUUCUUGCUGGGCUUUCGGAGCUAUCGCAGCGUUUGAAGGCGCUUAUGCACGUGCAACUAAAGUGCUGAAGUCUUUCAGUGAGAAGGAGCUUCUUGACUGCACCUACUCGAACAGGGACGGGUGUGAGGGUGGUUGGUACCAGGACGCCUGGGGCUACAUCCAGAGACACCGAAGAAUUGCUGCGCUGAAAGAUGCACCCUACGACUACGCACAAGACAGGGAGUGUGAUUAUGGGGGUGAGUUCCAAGGACGUGUUCCUAAUGGCAUGAGAAAUGCACGAUACGAGAGUUACUACACAGUGGCACGAUCCGACAGUGAGUUGGAGAGUGCGGUGGCACGUGCAGUUGUGGCAGUUGCCAUGAUAGUGGAGAACGAUUUCUUUAAUUACGGAAGUGGUAUCUACGGAGGUUGUUCCACUUGGAAAGCCGUAGGACAUGCCGUGACCAUGGUAGGAUAUGAUAAGGACUCGUGGAAGGUAAAGAACAGCUGGGGAAGAUACUGGGGAGAGGGUGGGUAUGUAAGAUUCUCCCGCAGUAAAAACAACAACUGUCGCCUCGCUGAGUACGCAAAGUUUCCAGUGGUAACGUUUGUAGAUCGCAAGCAGACAGACGAAGCUGACCCUAAAACACCACGAACCAGAUUACCGAACGCAUGCGGGUGGGGUGACGAUUACCCCUGCAGUGACAUGAACUGCAACUACGGCUGUAAGAGUGGCACAUGUUGGGCCCAGUGUAACGGUAUCUGUGUCAUCUCGGGUGCCACAGAACGGUGUGCGGGCUGCAAGGAGUGGUGCUAUGUUGAUGCCACGUGCUCUAAACAUGAGGAUUGUUUUGAACAUAGGUACAAAUCAUGCAACAGUGCCUGUUCUCUUUAGAUUAACUUUAAAUAAACAGUUUACUGUGCUUGUUCUCUUUAGAUUAACAGUGCUUGUUCUCCUUAGAUUAACUUUAAAUUUUGACAUUUUGAAG